AACAACAAAUCCCCGUCUUCAGAAUGAAAUGUUUAUUUUUUUCUGCGCUAUUUGCUAUUUUCAUAGUAACGUAGUUUGUUAACGUAAUUGAUUUUUAUUUUACUUUCUUAUGUUUUAAAUAUUUGAAAUGGCUUUAGUCCAACCAUAUGCGAGAAACGAGAUCAAUUUUGAUCAAAAUUGGAUUGAUAGAAUAAUUUUAGAACUCGCGGACGCCUUUAACAUCAGAGUUGUAUGGGACAGGGAUACUGCUAUAUUAGGAGGGGCAUUUGCUCUAGCGGGGGGAUUGGUGGGGGGUUACGCAGGCGGCCGGCUUGGGGCAGCAUUAGGAGCAGGGCUCGGAGGGGCAGCUGGUGUUGGAGUCAGGACCGUAAUAAGUCUCCGUGAACUGUGGUCAACUGUCAAAGAGAAGCUAAAGGAACUCAUCUACAUAGUGUUUAACUUUUUACGACGUCUCGAUCCUGUCGACUAUAUAAGGGCAUUUGAUAUCCUUAUGGCGUGUACCGCGAGUCGGCGUGAACUAGUGUUCACUAUUCUUGAUUUUGUCGCUGAAAAACUUGGUAGAGAAGUGCUAUCUAGUAUAACGGCUGCUUAAAUAUAGUAUUGAGGCUUUAGGAUUUUUAGAAAAUAGUAAACUAGAUUUAUAAAAGUUUUAUAGAAGUGUAAGACAUUUCUGUUACAACUACAAUAUUCAAUGAUGGAUUGGAUUUAGGAAACAAUGUUAUAUUUAGAAUUAUCUUACUACACUUUCUAUUCAAAAUUUAUAACUAUGAUCUUUGAGCUUCACAUUAAUUUAGAACUUUGAAUAUGCCUUGGUUGCUAACACUU